CCUCUAAAGUCUCGUUUUCUCAGAAUAGAAACCACACACACAGACACACACACAGACACAGACACACACACACAGACACACACACAGGGUCUGUCUCGGGUGGAGUUAGGAUGGAGCUGAACCGUCUGCUCGAGUUUCUCUGUAAGGAAACGUUCAGAAUUUUCGUCUUUCAGAGUUUUUUUGUUUUUAUGUUUUAAAAAAAUCUCUCAGGGUUUUUGUCCCUCUGUGGACAAGCCGGUCCUUCGUAGACCAUGUCCUCUGUAGACCGUGUCCUCUGUUCAGGUCCUCAGACUCUGAUGUCCAAAUGUCUCACAGUAACGUUUGUCCGUUUGGUUCCUCUUCAGUUCUCGUCUCUCGGCUCUGCUGCUCCACAAACCAAGGUGAGUCCAGGUCUCCGUUUUUAUCGUCAAACUCCGAUUGGUUAAACUCGACCGCAGAGACCGUCCUUUAAAAUGUCCCUGCUCUGGUUCCUGGUCUGGUUCCUGGGCUGGUUCCUGGUCUGGUUCCUGCUCCCUGCUCUGGUUCCUGCUCUGGUUCCUGUUCUGGUUCCUGCUCUGGUUCCUGCUCCCUGCUCUGGUUCCUGCUCUGGUUCCUGCUCUGGUUCCUGCUCUGGUUCCUGCUCUGGUUCCUGGUCUGGUUCCUGGGCUGGUUCCUGGUCUGGUUCCUGCUCUGGUUCCUGGGCUGGUUCCUGGUCUGGUUCCUGGUCUGGUUCCUGGUCUGGUUCCUGCUCUGGUUCCUGGGCUGGUUCCUGCUCUGGUUCCUGGGCUGGUUCCUGGGCUGGUUCCUGCUCUGGUUCCUGGUCUGGUUCCUGGGCUGGUUCCUGCUCUGGUUCCUGGUCUGGUUCCUGGUCUGGUUCCUGCUCUGGUUCCUGGGCUGGUUCCUGCUCUGGUUCCUGGGCUGGUUCCUGGGCUGGUUCCUGCUCUGGUUCCUGGUCUGGUUCCUACUCUGGUUCCUGGUCUGGUUCCUGGGCUGGUUCCUGCUCUGGUUCCUGGUCUGGUUCCUGGUCUGGUUCCUGCUCUGGUUCCUGUUCUGGUUCCUGCUCUGGUUCCUGGUCCGGUUCCCCUUCUGUCCUUUAUUUCAUCCUCUCUUUGUCCGUCGAGGUUUUGUCUUUGGCGACUCGUCUUCCUGCCGCCGUGUCAGAUCUGAGCGCGCUCAGACUCUCAGGUGGACUGAUGACCUUUAACCCCUGGUGUUUGUCCUCAGCCUCCCUGACGGUGACCCCCCACAGCUCUCAGGUCUUCUCCAGGAGGUCUGUGUCUCUGAGGUGUGAGGACGAGGACGGACGUGAAGGAUGGACACUCAGGAGGAACACCGACAAAGAUACGGGGACGCAGUGUGGAGUCCACUGGGGACGGUCUUCUGGGUCCUGGUGUACCAUCAGUCUGACCGUGUCCUGGGACAGUGGACUGUACUGGUGUGAGUCCAGAGACGGGGACACCAGUAACACCGUCAACCUGACUGUGACCGGUGAGAGACGCUGAGACGUUUGUUUCUUCUCUAACAUCUGAUCAUGGAGCUCUAAGGAAGCUGACCCCCCUGGUGGACAAACAGGGGAACUACAGUUUUUAGGACUUGAUGAGGAAGUUCUCCUCUCUGUCCCCUGAGGUUGUCGUAAAGAUCCGAUCUUUUUUUUGUCCAGAUAAACCCGUGGUCCUCCAGAGUCCGGUUCUUCCUCUGACGGUUGGAGAAGAUCUCACUCUGAGCUGUAGAACCAGGACCCCCAACAAAGACCCCGCUCUGUUUUAUAAAGACCACCACCUCAUUGGGACUGGACCUGCAGGUCACAUGACCAUCCCCACAGUCUCCUUGUCUGCUGAAGGUCGGUACCACUGUAAGGUCGAAGGUCAUGGAGAGUCUCCGUCCAGCUGGAUCUCCGUCAAAGGUCAGAGGGUCACCUUUUCUCCUGGACUUAGUCCAACAGGAACCAUCUGACCGUCUGUCUCUCUACAGGUAGACCUCCGACCUCGGCAGCCCCGCCCACCGAUACAGCCCCGCCCACCGAUACAGCCCCGCCUCCAAACAAAGCCACGCCCACAGAUCCAGACCAACAUCAGACCACAGUCCUGUUCUCCGUCUGGUCUUGCCUAGACCUGGUCCUCAGAGUCCUGCUCCGCCUGGUGGUCUUCAUUCCGUUCUUCAUCUGCACCGUCUACAUCAUGUCCUUAUAUGGACUCACUCACACGGUAACAUUCACUCACUCAUCCGUCCGUCACUCUGUUUGUCGUAUUUUGACGACUGUUUCGAUGUCGUGGUUAAUCUUUUGAACUGUCACCACAGGAAGUGCCCGCCCUGUUUCCAUGGCGAUGCUGCCGCCCACACACACAGACCCCCGGUCAGACUCUGAGGGUUAUGUCUGAACUGAUGAAGGAGUGAACAUGAACACACCGGCGGCGGCGGCGGCGAGCUUUGAUCAUGUGACCCGUGUGAACUCAGAGGUCUGCUCUCUGAGGGUCUCUGAGGGUCUCUGAGGGUCUCUGAGGGUCUCUGAGGGUCUCUGUUGGACCUCCAUCAUGACUUCACUAAGGUCGGGGUUUUUCUUCUGCUGGAUCUCAGACCAGUUUUUGGACGCUCUGUGCUCCUCAGAGUCCGAUCAUUCAGAACUCCAGGAGAUCCUGGACCUGCUCAGUCUCUGCUGGACUGUAGGACCUCAGAGCAGCAGGGACGGACUCUCUGAGGUGGACUGACCUGAGUCCACCUCAGACCUGAUCCUCUGUUUGAUUUCUAACCUUCUCUGUUGAUACUGAAAUAAAUCCUCCUUUAAAGCUCC